AUGGAACUAUUACACUAUGAUAGGCUGUUCGUCAAUGCGAGAUGUCGACGCACUAGCAGCAAGUGCCACCACUGGAGUUGGCGUGGGCGAGGGCAUGGACUGAGGAUGAGAUCAGCGCUUCCCCAAGAGAUGGCCCGUCAAGAUAGAGCUGCUACGCGUGCGACGCCGGUCAUGUGGGUUGUUGUAUACGGGAUUCAGCGGAUAGGCGCUGCCUGA